GCAGGCCCCCAGGCUAUACCCCGCUGUAGCCUUAAAUCUCCUACCAUGGGGGAAGAAGGCGGCGGCCGCAGCUGUGGGACCACUAGGGAGCUGCAGAAGCUGAAGCAGCAGGCGAUGGAGUACUACCGGGAGAACGACGUUCCGCGCAGGCUGGAGGAGCUGCUCAACUCCACCUUCUACCUCCAGCCUGCCGACGUCUACGGGCACCUGGCAAACUACUUUUCUAAACUUGCAAAGCCUCCCACCAUAUACAAAAUAGUGGGGAAAAACGUACUGGAUGGACUGGGGCUUCCUACACUACAAGUGGAAAUAUUCUGCACCGUUCAAAAUUUUCCCAAGAACAUAUGUUCUGUGGUGAUCUCAGCGCACUUCGAGGUCCACGAGAGCGCCUCGCCGGAGCUGGCCGAAGCAGAGGAAGCGGAAAGGGGCCGAGCGGUGAGCACGGCCGUGCAGUGGGUCAACGAAGCCAUCACCCAGGAGCUUCAGGGUGUCGCACCCUCUAACCAGGCCGAGGUGGAUCGCCUGCUCAGGACAUUCUUUGCAAAUAAAGUGCAAGAAGAUAAGGAGAGAAAAGAAUUAGAAAAGAGCCUGGAAGACUCAACAGUUCUUGUACCUUCGCCUCUAAUACCACCACCACCUCCUUCACCUCCUACAAAAAAGAAAGGACAACAGCCAGGGAGGAAGGAUACCCUGACAGAGAAACCGAUUUUACCUGCAGAACCUGCUGAACCUGUACUCUGUGGCAGCAUGGCCAUAGGGGCUGUGUCACUAGCUGUUGCCAAAACCAGUGCCGUGCUGGGCAAUAAUCCUCUAUACUUAAAUAUUGCAUUACUGAAGCACAAUCAGGAACCGCUAACAACCCUAACUAUGCCUUUGCUGAUGGUAUCUCUGGUCAGCUGUGGAAAGUCAUCACUUGGGAAGCUAAAUUUAAUGAAAGAAGUGAUUUGUAUACCCCAUCCUGGAUUAACAACCAAACAAGCUGUGGAGAUGGUUCUGGAAAUUCAGAAACAUAUUAACAAAAUGAUUGAAAUGCCCCCUCCUCCAAAAGCAGAGAUGAAAAAAGGGCAAAAUGGAAGCAAAAGAGGACAGCAACAGAUCACUGGCAAGAUGUCCCAUCUUGGCUGUUUAACCAUUAACUGUGACACCAUAGAGCAGCCACUGCUUCUAAUACAGGGAGUCUGUGCGAACUUGGGGCUAGAACUAGGAACCAAUCUGCAUCUAGCCAUCAACUGUGCUGGACAUGAAUUGAUGGACUAUAGUAAAGGAAAGUAUGAAGUGAUGAUGGGCACGUAUAAAAAUGGAGCCGAGAUGGUUGACCUGUAUGUGGAUCUGAUCAACAAGUACCCUUCAAUUAUUGCCUUAAUCGAUCCUUUCAGGAAGGAGGACUCUGAACAGUGGGACAGCAUUUACAAUGCUCUUGGCUCUAAGUGUUACAUAAUUGCAGGAAGUGCAUCCAAAAGCAUUUCUAAACUUCUUGAGCAUGGAGACAUCAGCAUCCCCAAAUCCAGUGGGCUGAUUAUAAAACAUACAAAUCAAACUACGAUGUCUGACUUGGUGGAAAUAACCAAUCUUAUCAACAGUAAGGAGCACAUCGUUGUCUUUGGAAGUACAGAAGGAGAGUCAUCUGAUGACAGUCUUGUCGAUUUGGCCGUUGGACUCAGUGUCCGGUUUAUCAAGUUGGGGGGUCUUUCUCGUGGUGAACGGGUGACUAAAUACAACCGCCUCCUUACUAUAGAGGAAGAACUUGUCCAGAAUGGAACACUGGGUUCCAGUGAAGAAUACACUUUUUUUUACUUUAAUGAGAAAGCUGAAAAGGCUGCUGUGGCUCAUGACCUGCUUGCGCCCCCAGAGCCCAUCUUCCCUACAGAAGUUGUAGAAGAAUCAGCCAAAACAUAA